GUGCAAGCCGGUGAUAUUGUGAUAUAUUCGGACGCAUGUCCGACAGCACCAGAGGUGCUGAUGGCAAAGGAAAUCCACGCAACUUUCUUGGAGAAAUAUCAAAAUAUUUUGAGACAAUUGCAAUUGCGGGCUCUUGUACCACAAUUAGAUCAAAAAAACUAUUGGGCAAAUGAAACCAUCAAAGAUGACUUACAGGCAAUUUUUACGUAUAUACUUGGAGGUAAAUCAACCACAUGGGAUGAGUCGCUUCGUAAAAAAUAUCGUUUUCUUAUUGAAGCUGAUGAGUUCAACAGGCACUUUCUCUACCUGGAUGUAGACCAUGCGAUUAUUCUGAAUGCUGAAUUAGACCAUAGUGAUAUUUAUGAAAAUGAAGAAGUAUACCUACAAACAUAUGUGCAGUUUAUUCACAAAGUAAAACAAAAUGUCUUUGCGAUUACUGAUUAUGGUCACCACCCUACAGAAAUCAACGCUGUCUACCAAGCAAUGAGAGCAAAAUAUCCUGAGAAAAAAUUAGUUGCGAUUUUUCAGCCACACCAAGCACGUCGUGUACUGCAGUUCCGAAAAGAAUUUGCAUCUACGAUGCAACAAUUUGAUGAGGUCACAAUAUACGAUAUCUAUGCAGCAAGAGAAAAUUUAGAAGAGUUAUUACAUAGUUAUCCUAUUCCUGGUGCGGAUCAUGGUGUUGAUUCUAUAGAUGAACUAUGA